AUGCACCCAAAUACGGACACCACACUGACUAAGCACCCCAUCUGGGUGCAAACGCUCUCCACAGUGACAAAGUAUAGAAACCAAGUUUUGGAUGAGAUAUAUGGACGGCAUAUUGGUCUGAAAGAUAUAAUUGAGGCACCAAAUGCAAAAUCAACGCCUUGCGUCAGAUAUGCGCAGGGUGGAUUGAGUGGAACAUACGAUGAUCAGGUUUUCAGUGGUCUGGUGGAGGCAGUUGUCCGGAAACAUGACCGUGAAGAACGUGGCGUUGGCAUGCAGAACUUUCGUUAUGCUCCUGCAUCAGGAAAACGUCUGAUCGAACUUUGGGCAACUUUCGCAACUUUGCAAAGUUGUAAAGUUGCCAAAGUUGCCAAAGUUCGACAACUUUGUAAAUACUACAGUGCCCAGCAUGACUUCCCUAGCACCCUCGGCAUGAGCUGA